GCACUUAUCUGGGGGGGGGAAACCAUGACUGUUUUUAAAGACUGACGAUCUGUGGAACUGUCACUCUUUUUUUUUUUACUUUUGCGUUCAUCUAACGCGGUCAUUCAUUCAUUCAUCUACAAGCUGCUGCACCCACAGUCCGAGUAAAAAGACUAACCCCCCUCUCCACCGGUGAACGGUUUCUGAUCCCCGCUGGUGAAGAAUGGACACCCGGCUCUCUCUCCCCGGCUGCCCGCUGCUGGUGCUGCUCUGCGCGGCCGCUGCCCUGUCGGGGACCCGGAGCCCCUUGGCUGCUGCGGGCAGGAGCUGCGCCGACACCCGGCAGGUGUACGCGGAGAAGGGGUACGGCACAGACACCGCUCCGACGACUCAAAUCUCCGGUGAGCACCUGCGGCUCUGUCCUCAGGACUACACCUGCUGCUCCAGUCAGAUGGAGGAGACGCUGGCCCUCCAGAGCGAGAGGGACUUCCUCAAAGCCGUCGAAGACAACAGCCAGUUCCUUUUGACCACUUUCAGUCAGAGGCACCGCAGAUUCGAUGAGUUCUUCAGGGAGAUUAUAGACCUAUCAGAGAAGUCCAUGAACCAGAUGUUUACCAAGACCUACGGCCGGCUCUUCACCCAGAACGCACACGUCUUCCAGGAGCUGUUUGUGGAGCUGCGCAGAUAUUAUUCCGGGGGCAGUGUAAGUCUGACAGAGGUUCUGUCAGAUUUCUGGUCCAGGCUGGUGGAGCGCGUCUUCUCUCUGGUCAACCCUCAGUAUCAGUUCAGUGACGACUACCUGGAGUGUGUCAGCAAACACGCUGAGCAGCUGCAGCCCUUUGGAGAUGUGCCGCGCAGACUACGCGUCCAAGUGUCGAGGGCUUUCAUUGCAGCCAGAGCACUGUCCCAGGGCUUGGCUACUGGUCGGGACAUUGUUAACAAAGCAACCAAGUUGACAGCAGAUUCAGAGUGUGUGCGUGGCCUGAUGCGUCAGUGGUACUGCCCUCUUUGUCGAGGCAUGCCCUCCCUGCGGCCCUGCCACUCCCUGUGCCUUAACGUGAUGAAGGGCUGCUUAGCCAAUCAGGCCGACCUGGACACUGAAUGGAACAAUUUCAUUGACGCUCUUUACCAGGUUUCAGAGAAGUUGGAGGGGCCGUUCAACAUGGAGCUGGCAGCCGACUCCAUCUCUGUGAAGGUGUCAGAGGCCAUCAUGCACAUGCAGGAAAACAGUGUCACCAUCUCCACUAAGGUGUUCCAGGGCUGUGGAAACCCCAGGCCAGCUCCGGGGCGAUCUAAGCGCUCACCGAAAGAGGCGGGGGGAAACAGGAGGCCUUUCCGCACGUACAGCCCUGAGGAGAAACCCACGACGGCUGCAGGCACCAACCUGGACAGACUGGUUACCGAGCUGAAGGAGCGACUGCGGCCUAUGCACGGCUUCUGGGUGUCCCUCCCACACACCACCUGCAACGACGAGAAGAUGGCUGCCGACGUCACUAAUGAAGACCGCUGCUGGAACGGGCAGACUCGGGGGAGGUACCUCCCGGACGUGACGGGCGAUGGGCUCGUCAGCCAGAUCAACAACCCCGAGGUGGAGGUGGACAUCGCCCGGCCAGAUGUGAGGACCAGACAGCUGAUCAUGGAGCUGAGGGUCGCGACCAACAAACUGAAGCAUGCCCAGAGCGGACAAGACAUGGACUUCAUGGACAGUGAGGAAGGCAGUGGCUCAGGGGGUGGAGAUUAUGGUGAGAGGUACAACGAUGAUUGGCCAGGCUAUGGGCCUUACUCCCCUCCGCACAACAAGCCCCCCCGCAACCCGGCGUCCAACCCACCAAAGCCUCCCCGAGUCAGAGAGAAAGGCGGGUCCAAGUGGAACAGAAACAACGGCCAUGGACGGGUUCGUUCGGCGGCCAGUGGGCUCACCCUCUCCCUGAUGUCUUUGUUGUCUUUGCCUUUCGUGGUCACUGUUGCCCCCAUGUGGAGAUAGCUGGUUAUUACAGUGUGGAGGUGGAGGUUUUCUGUCAGGCUGGAGUCUUAAGCACAUUAUGAAAAAAAAGUCAUUCCAUUCGGUUACACCAGCAGAAAUAAAAGGACACAAAACAGGCUAAAAUCAGCAAUAAUCAAAAACCUGUUUACAGCACAGAAUUAAUAGGUUAAAAUGAAUAUUUUUCCUACUGCCCAAGCCACAAAAAAGAGGCACUGCCAGACACAGAUGAGUACAACCAAUACUUAGUUAAUAAGUGCUGCCCUUGUUUUGUGCCAUUUGUGACACGUUUGACCUGUUGUGAGUUUUGAUGCUGAGCAGUGUGCGGUGCUGGAGCACAGAGGUGUGCGCUCCAGGGGAUCUAAAGUACUACAGCAGCAAAUUGAUGAGCGGCGUCUCAUGGUGUGGUGACCUGUGGGACAUAGUUUCAGCUGAUAUGAUCCGAGGGGAUUUGUUUGCUGCCUUUCUCGCAAAAUUAAGUUGAUUAUCGAAAUAGAUUGGAUUUCAGUCCUUUUGCUAAUUUUGUUCACUUUUCAUCCGUGGAAGUAGUGAGAUUAAUCACUUGAUCAAACGUGCAUUUUUCGGCUUGGAAGUAAAAAAAAGAAAGAAAAAAAAAAGAGAGUCAAGAUUACUCUUUAAACCAAACAAGGGGCUUAUUUUGAAUGUACCUAAAAGCUCAAAUUCGUUUUGAGUUACUUGUGAUGACAAGGGGUUAAUUAAUGUAAUAUAUUGGUGUUUUUAAUUUAUUUGUAUUGUUAUAUUUCAUUGUUCUUAAUGUUAUGAUUUUAAAGGCAAAGGUUUCUAAAAGAAGUGUCUUGUCUUUAACUUUCUGUGGUUAAAAAAAAAGAAAAAGAAAAUCAAUUCCAAAUCCAUUUAUUGAUUAUUUUUGCAAACCAAUCAUUUUUGAAUAUUAAACCAAGCACAACAAAACAGUUAAUUAUGAUAUGAAAUUGAGCCAUAAGACCAGCUACAGUUUUUUUCAGUCUUAAGAUUGUGAAUGUGUGUUUUUAUUGUUUGUUGUUACAUGUUCUGGUUUCAAUUUACUGUUCUGAGGUCAUGCUGAGAAGAUGUUUUUAAUGGUGUGUUUUCUACUUAUUUUCCUAAAAGCAACAAAAGAUGAUGAAGACAGUGAGUGAGCUCCUGUGACGCAAAAAUUGGAUUGAAAGUUCGUGAAAGUCUGUGGCUCCCAAUUUUCAUAUGCUGAACAUGUUUUUGAUAAAGUUAAAAUCAGAGAUUUUUCAGGAAGAUUAAAAAAAUGUGUUUGGAGCAGUUGGUCAUCCAUGUCCAAAAAAGCUAUAAUUAACAAUUUGACAUUUUUUGGAAAAUUGAUGUAACCUCCCAUGUUUGUAUGCGCAAUAUGAGGCUACUGCCAACUACUGGUUAUCUUAUCUUAACAUAAAGCCUGGAAAUAAGGAAACUAACCUCACUGUGUCCAAAAGUAAAAAAUAUAUAUCUGCCAACCAGCACCUUAAAUUUACAAAUUAACACUUUGUUAAUCUCGCAUGUGAUUUGUUUAAUCUGUACCAGAAAGUCAGUGUAAAAACCCUAGAAUUUGGUUUAAAUGGCAGGAUCACACUAUCUCCUGACUGAGAGCUAACUCAGCACAAAACCCAGGAGGACGAGGACUUUGUUUUCUACACUACGCCUUUUAUUUUUCUGUGUGUAUCAACUAAAAGAGGUACAAUGUGUUAAUUUGUGACCUUUGGAGGUGCAAGUAGGCAGAUGUGUGUCUGAAAUGGGAUACCUCCCUCAGAAGUACCCUGUAAUGAGUGAAUUAACAUAUUACAUAAAUUCAGCCAAGGUGACGUUGUGAUAAAUCAGCCACAGCCACUGAGCCCUCGACGGAAAUGACGAUCGCGACGUAUAUAUGUGACCCGCAAAACAUCUGCCGGCUGCUUUGCUCACGUUACUUACUUAGAUUACCGUUUUUUCUUCUUUUCUGUCCGUGCCCCAAGUUGCACAACCCGGUAUUUAUCCCGCCAGUCCAAGUAGUGCACUGCAUGUUGUCGUGAUCGUCAGCGUGGAUGCACUUCUGCACUCAGAAUAGCAGAAAAGUGUGGAAGUUUAAAAAUUGAGACACAGCAUUUGUGACCUUUGGACAGAGAAAAGCUCAGUUUCCCACUGUUUCCAGUCUUCAGGCUAAGCUAACUUCUGCGAAUAAACUAAAUGAGCACAUUUCUCAAGACGUAAAACUGUUUUUUUUUUAAAAGAGGAAGAUGACUGAUGGGAUCCCAAAAGAGAACAGAGAUGGAGAUAAUAAAAAAGAAUGUAUUAAUGCUGCGAAAGGACACUUUUCUGUGGGAUGAGGGAAUUCUGACAUCGUAUUUGGUUGAAAGAGAAGUUCACUUUGUCAAUGGGCUAUUGCACCGGUACAAUACAAUACAAGAAAUUGAUCAGUUCUUCCUCUGAAAUGUCACUCCUUAAGUGAUCUGGGAAAUAUUACUUUUGACGAGCGAUCGAAGGUGGAUACAUCCACACAUUGGGGACCAUGUACAAGACUUCACACAGUAUUAUAUUGGACAUCUUCACAUGGAAAAGAAAAGUAUCUCACAGUAUUUCAAAAGCAACAGUAUUGUAAUCAUAUGUGCUUUCGAUGAUCGGCGGUCAGAUCACACCACGGCGGGGGUGGCUGCAGUGUUUCAGGUAAAUUGUUCUUCAGCACAAAACUCAUCCAUUCCCUCUACUCACACGUUCCCUCGUGGUGGAAGUUUGUCCAUGUUGUCAUUACAACUUUUUGGUAUCAAACAAGUGAUAUUUUCUGCUUCAUUAAAAAACUGAAGAAAGGUA